AUGGAGAUCAACAGAACAAACUUAACAUCAAUAAUUUCCACCACGUUAAUAACUGCACCAAAUAUUUCCACCAAAGCAAUCCAACCUACAUCGGUAUUGUCCAGUACUCCAGUUACAAGUACAGUCACACUCCCCAUUGCUUUAUCAAAGCAACGAAUCAUGUCAGGCAAUCUCACAAUCAUCAAUAGGGUAUACACAAGCGAACUUUCCAAUAGUUCCUCAAAAGAAUAUAUUGAAAUGGCGAAAGAAGUAAACUCCUCUGUAAGUGAUACUAAAACAACUAUUAAAAGCUUCCAUUUAAAAGGAGAAAUAAUGUUAACUGAACUUUAUUCUUUUUCCAACCACAUUUAGUUAGUGAAGAUACUUCAAAAUACACCUGGAUUUGUAGAUGUUGAAAUCCGCGGAUUCAGGUGAGUGUAUUAUACCAAUGAGAAUUUAGGUAUAAGUUAUAUGCGUCAGUCUUAAAUAGUACAGUUUUCACGGGUGGUACAUGUUUAAGGUUGUAACUCAAGUACCUAUACUGAUUAAUACAUUAUCAAGCUGACUCGUACCCAAGCGCUCGAACUACAGGAAGUAAACUGAACCCAUAGAUCGUCUAUUUCCGGAUACUUUAUGACUAAGUUAUUUAUGACUUAUAGUGAGUCACUAAUCUCAAUUCUACAAUCAUGGCAAAUAUUCCGUGGACACUUAGGUGUAAACUAAAGUGCUGUAGCACUCGUUCACAUGCACAUGUUGACGUAUUUGUCUCCCCCGUUCCCCCCUACGAUGUUGGUUUUAACAGGCAUCAGUCACAAAGUUUUCACCUGGUUGAUUUAUAAGCUUUCAACAUUGAACGGGGGGAGGGGGGAGUUAAAAAAUGCUGCUUUUCCACGUAUGUAGCUAUUCGGCAAGGCAGGUACGUAUUUGUAUUUUUGCGCACGCUGUCCACAAUAAUUUUUACCACGAUUGUAUGUUUUAAAUCAUUUCAUUGAUCGAUUUUUCAUGUAAUGGAACAUAUCUUUUCAUAUAGAAACGGCAGUGUUGUAACAAUUUUCUACGUCAAACUGGAAAGUUCAUCAACUAUAACUGCACAAGAAGUGGGAAAUGUUACCACAACCGCAAAUUCGGACAACUUAACGUUUUCCGACGUAAACGUCGAAGGUAUCAUGUUGUCUAUUUAAAUUAUCAUUAGUUAAAUUAUUCAUUAUCUUCCUUUCUUCUUACCCAGCUUUUGUCCUAGACUCGGUGUCAAAGGGUUGGCUGCCGGGUUCUUACCCUACAUCCUUUUCUGUCCCUUGUCAAAUCCGCCAUCAGUUCCCAGUUCCUUAGCUUGAUAUUAGCAUCAUCGUUUAAAUACGUCAAUCCAUUUCUUCUUCAAUCCCCCUGCUCACUGCUCUCCUUUAUCUGUAGUUCCAUGUCUCACACCAGCUCUUCUCCAUCUCUUCUUAUAAUGUGUCCACUGUAUAUUAUCAUUUCAGCUUUGUUUCCCUUCAAUUCCUGCCACCCAAAGUUCUGCCACCCCAUAGGUUUUAAAACGUCUUUUGUUACGUUGGCUAUUUUAACAGUUCGUGUAGCAUGAAACUGGCAUUUGAACUGAAAUUAUUUUCGGGUUGGUCGCCUAGUUUUGGAAACGGGUGUAAAACUAAAAUUGCAAACUUAUUUUCAGUCAUUAUAGGUUCAUUUGAAACUAGCGUUAGAUGACGAAUAUGACUAUGCUGCUGAGUAGUAUUUAGGAAACUUUUAUGUGUAUUUCGUUGUCAUAGUGUCAUUAGUUGUAAUUAAUGCACGGCGUUGGCCUUGUUGGGACUUCGAGUCCGUUUGCCAAUCCCUUAUCUAACUCGUCUUUUCCUGUUUGUAAUGUUUCCUAUUUUUGUUUUAACGUAGUUUUGUAAAUUUUAGUGAGUUUGAUUAAAGCUUAUUAUUAUUAUAUCUUCUCCUGAUCUCUUCAUUUUUCAACUUUUCUCAAAGCGAAACCCCUACGAUCUCUUCCUGUCCUGCUCGUCAGGUCUUCUUUGUUCCGCAUCGUUCGGUAUUCACGACUCAAGAUCGUUUUGUUUACAUUUUCCUGUCACUGAUUACUCUUAACAUUUCUGGAGUAUUACAGGUAUUAUGCUCAUUAUAUUUACUAUAAUUCAAUUUUCAGAGCUUUGUACAUCCGGAUUUUGUUCGAACCAUGGUACCUGCACCAAGAUCUCAAAUACCCAGUUACAAUGCAGGUAAAUGGUGCUAUAUUUUUCAAUGUUUUAUAUCACAUUACUACGCAGUACUUAGAACGUAAGUUGCAUCGUUAAUGUCUUCCGCAAGCAUUUUCACGGAAACUAAACAUGGAGAACGGCUACGCAAAAAAAUACUUUGUCAUUGAGACAGAUCACCGUGUGGAAAACGGGUCUUGUAUUAACCAUAGUAUGACCUCAAUACAGUUCAGUGGCUCAAGACGGGGUUUUCCUUUUCAAAGGAGUUCUGCUGAAGUCUGUUUUGACAUGCUGUUGCUGUAUAUAGACUUAUAGCACAUACCCAUAAUUACCAAACGUAUAUUUGUGGUUGUAAGCAGAGUCUGGCGUCUAAAACUUUCGUAAGCCUACUUUCUUAUUACUUACGUUGGUUUCCCCCAUGAUUAGAUUCCCUUCUGUUCUCAGAGCGGGGCAAUUUGAAUUCUUCUCCAUUCAGAUUUAGUACAGGGAAAGGUUCCAAGGGUAUCGCAGAACCUUAAAAGCAAUUUAAUUCUAUGAACGUUCUUUAUUGUUUCAGUUGUACGUCCGGCUACACUGGACCAAGAUGCAGUUCAAAGGUGACAGGUAAGAGGUGUUGUUGGGUGAAAUCUUGAAAAUUAUUCUAAAUUCUUAAACAACAGAUCACUGAUGUACCUGUCUGUAUUAGCUCUCUGGAGAGACGGCAAAAACGUUUCUGUCAUAGUUGCCACAUCUAUGACGAAAACGAAGCCAUUCUUGAGUGAACUGAAAUAUUUCUUCUCUAGCAACCAUGAACAAUACGCCAAUAAUUUUAUCUUCUGCCACAACCAUGAUUACAACGUCAAGUAUGUUUCUUGGACUGAAAGAUUCUUCAAUAUAUCAAGAUAGUACCUCAACUGUACAACGUUCGACAUUAACAAACACAUCAACACCUACCCCGAUCGCUGGCAAUGAAACAGCAACACUUACAACUCCAUUCCCCACCACAAAUAGAACGGUUAUCAAGAUGACUGCCAUUCCAACAUCGAGCGUCUCAAUCAAGUCUACUGUUACUCCUUCCACGAGAAAUGGUUCAUCUACCAGAAUCCAUCCACUACCAACACAUUCAUCUGUAUAUACCAUAUCUAUGAAUACAACAACUUUCCUUUCUACUUUACCCAUCCUGCCAUCUUCACUAAGUACAUCGAUGAUUAAUUCAAGUUUGAUCAGAAUUGUUCCACAGACUUCGACACAGAAUUACAGCUUACAUUUUACAUCGAAUGUCAAUGAGAGUACAAUUCAUGCGAACACGACACAUUUAUUGACUCCCUCUUCGGAAUUUGUCCGCAGUUCCAACGUAUCUACUUUUGUUCCAAGAAAUUCACCUUCCAUACUCAUCUUAACUUCGUUGACAAUUUCAUAUAAUACAUCCUCAAUCCAUAUUGCCUCAAGUCAUACCGUAAUAUCCAGUCAAUCGACUAAGAAUAUAUCCAGACAAACAUCUCAAAUGGCAAGCUUCAAUUCCAGUUCUCCAUCCCUAACAACUUUAAUAGUAUCCUCGACUGUAACAGGAGAAGUAAAUAAAAUCUCAUCAGCACCUUCCUUUAACCUAACUAUAUUCUCUUCAACACAUUCUGGCAGCAAAAAUUACAGCAUUACACCAACCAAAACCCAAGCCUCCAAUCAAACAAUUCGAUCCAGCUUUCCUACAAAUCUCACCAUAUAUACUUCCAAAUUUUCUUCACAUGUAAUCAAUAUAAGUACAAUGGAGAUUAACAGAACAAACCUAACAUCAAUAAUUUCCACCACGUUGGUAACUGCCCCAAAUAUUUCCACCAAAGCAAUCCAACCUACAUCGGUAUUGUCCAGUACUCCAGUUACAAGUACAGUCACACUCCCCAUUGCUUCGUCAAAGCAACGAAUCGUGUCAGGCAAUCUCACAAUCACCAAUAGGGUAUACACAAGCCAACUUUCCAAUAGUUCCUCAAAAGAAUAUAUUGAAAUGGCGACAGAAGUAAAGUCCUCGGUAAGUGAUACUAAAAAAUUCAAUUAUUAAAAGCUUCCGUUUAAAAGGAGAAACAACAUUAACUAAACUUUAUUCUUUUCCAACCACAUUUAGUUAGUGAAGAUAUUUCAAAAUACACCUGGAUUUAUAGAUAUUGAAAUCCGCGGAUUCAGGUGAGUAUGUUAUACAAAUGAGGAUUUAGGUAUAAAUUAUAUGCAUCAGUUUUAAAUAGUGUAGUUUUUCACGGAUGGUACAUGUUUAAGGUUGUAACUCAAGUACCUAUAUUGAUUAAUACAUUAGCGAACUACAGGAAGUAAACGGAACCCAUUGAUCAUCUAGCUCCGGAUAUAUUAUCGGUCAUUUAUGACUAAUCUCAAUUCUAGGUUUUAAAUCAUGUCAUCAAUCGAUUCAUUCAUGUAACGAUUCACCAAUCAAUUCAAUAUUGAACGGGGGAAGGGGUUUAAAGCUGUUUUUGCACGAAUAUAUGCGGUGGUAUUUGUAUUUUCGCGCGCGCUGUCCACAAUAAUUUUUGCCAGGAUUGUAGGUUUUAAAUCAUUUCAUCGAUCGAUUCAUUCAUGUAAUUGAACAUAUCUUUUCAUAUAGAAACGGCAGUGUUGUAACAAUUUUCUACGUCACACUGGAAAGUUCAUCAAAUAUAACUACACAAGAAGUGGGAAAUGUUAUCACCACAACCGCGCAUUCGGACAACUUAACGUUUUCCAACGUAAAUGUCGAAGGUAUGUUGUCUAUUUAAGUGAUCAAAAUUCCUGUAAACUUAGUUACAAUUAUUCAUUAUCUUCUUCUUAUACCCAGCUUUUGUUGGCUGCCGGAUUAUUAUCCUACAUCAUGUCCCUUGUCAAGUCCGCCAUCAGUUCUUUGAUAUUAACAUCAUCUUUUAUAUAAGUCAAUUCAUUUUUCCUUCAGUCCCCCCUCCCUCUUCAGUCUCCCUCUCUUUUAUCUGUAGCUCCAUAAUGUCUCAGACCCCAUCUCAGCCUUAAUUGUUUCCCUUCAAUGUCUGCUACCCCAUUUCUUCUCCUGAUCUCUUCACCUAUUCCCAAAGCGAAACCCCCAUGAUCUAUUUCCUUCCUUCACAUCAGGUCUUCUUUAUUCCGCAUCGUCUGGCAUUUAUGUCUCAAGAUUGUUUUGUUUAUAUUUUCCAGUCACUGAUUACUCUUGACAUUUCUGGAGUAUUAUUAUGCUUAUUAUAUUUACUAAAAUUAAAGAGGCUGUAAAGUCCGUUCUGCUCAUGCGCGUGUUUUGUUUACAUUUUUGUUUCAAACAAUAGAUAAUUUAAUUAAAAUUCCGAUCUGUAGACCCACAAAUUAGCUCAUUACGUAUUCAGAGUAUAUCACGAAGGAAAAAUUGAACUAUUAAAGCAAAAAUUUAGCCCCAAAACAACAAAUUUUAAAUGGAAAAUGCUAAGCACUUCUUACAGAGAUCUAGACAACAUUUAACUGCAAUCUGUACAAAUUUUGUCGAUAUCUUUGUAUAAAGAUGUGUUUCUUAACAUUUUCAAUCUUAAAUAUGUCGUUUUGGAGCAAAAUGUGUACAAAUUUCAAUCAAAUUUUGUCUAUACCUCUGUAAGAAGUGCUUCUUAGCGUUUUCGAUUUAAAAUUUGUUGUUCGGGGGCUAAAUUUUUGCUUUAGUAGUUCAAUUCUUCCUUCGUGGUAUAUUCUGAAUGCGUAAUGAGCUAACUUGUGGGCCCACAGAUCGGAAUUUUAAUUAAGUUAUCUAUUGUUUGAAACAAAAAAUGUAAACAAAACACGCGCAUGAGCAGAACGGACUUGACAGCCUCUUUAAAUUUUCAGAGCUUUGUACAUCCGGAUUUUGUUCGAACCAUGGUACCUGCACCAAGAUCUCAAAUACCCAGUUACAAUGCAGGUAAAUGGUGCUAUAUUUUUCAAUGUUUCACAUUACUACGUAUUACUUAGAACGUAAGUUGCAUCGCUAUUAUGUCUUCCUCAAGUAUUUUCACGGAAAGUAAACAUGGAGAACGGCCACGUAAAAAAUUACUUUAUCAUUGAAAUAGAACACUGAGUGGAAAACCUGUCGUGUAUUAACCAUAGUAUGACCUCAAUACAGUUUCAGUAGCUCUUUCUUUAUUGUUUUAGUUGUACGUCUGGCUACACUGGACCAAGAUGCAGUUCGAAGGUGACAGGUGAGAGCUGUUGUUAAUGGGUGAAAUCUUGGAAAUUAUUCUAAAUUCUUAAACAAUAGAUUACUGCAUGAUGGAUGUAUCUGUCUGUAUUAGCUUUCUGGAGAGACAGCAAAUUAAAACAUUUCUGUCAUAGUUGCCGCCACAUCUGUGAUAAAAACUAUUUAAAUUCUCAGACAAUGAGCAGAUUCGCAUUCUUCAGUGAACUGUACAGAUUCGCGAUCUGUAAAUUUCCGAUGUAUGUUUACUAUGUUAACGUUACGAUGUUUCUUCAAAGUAAAAGUUCGCUGUCUGAAUCAAAUUAAAUUCGAUAAAUUAAUUUCUUACGGCAUUGAACAAACCUUGCCUGUCAUCGUGCAUUCGAGCCGCCAAGCAGGUGGUAUCACAGGGAGAGGUCGGGACACACUCAAAUAAUAGAAAGGCUGGACUUCUGAAAUGGGCCUAACUGUUCUUCUAUUUUGUAGGUUCAGAUGAUGAUGACGAUGAUGAUUUUGAAGAAUACUGGAUUGCUAUUGGUGUCUGCCUUGGUUUACUUGUAUUAAUUAUAAUAUUAUUGAUAUUUCUGGCAUUGAGAAGACGCAGGAAAUACUAUGUUACAAGGUACACCAGCUUAUUUGUAUUUUCUGAAAAAAUAUUUAUUUCCAUAAUAAUUGGCUAUUAGGUACCAAGCUGUAAUGUACAGCAAUAAUUUUCGAAGCAAAGCAAAUUUCAACUUUCAGAAUAUCAGUUUUCCACAACUCGAACUACUCGACGAGAGUUUACGUCAGGGAGUGUUGCUGUAUCCUCAGAUAAAUUCCAUGUAUUCUCUCAAUAACAUGCAUGAAUUAUUUUUCAACUUUGAUUGGAGGCAAUCCCACAACAAUCAGGAAACGUAUCCAGUAAACCUAAAACAAGGGUUUGUUAGAGUACCAUAAAUUGUUAACUGCUUGCAAUCUGCAAUUUUCAAACUGCGGAAACACAACGCCUAUUUAUUUCACGAAGCUUUUAUGAAGUAGUGCGAAUAUAACACUGAUGAAGAUCCAAACAUGUUUUUAAUAACUUCAUCAACCACAAAUAUUGACUUCAUCAACCACAAAUAUUGGGAAAUUUUGUGGAACUUUGGUGUACAUGCAGUUUCGUACUUUCGCGAGGAACAAUUAUUUAAUACGUGACUUCACGUUGUUUCUUUCAGAGAAAGUGUCAUGUCAAUUGGCCGUACUUCUGGUGAUGUUUUCUUUAACCCAGCUUAUGGUCAUUCCCGAGAAUACCUGGCCGGUGAAGACGAAUCAAGUAAUGUCAUCCCUCUGGAGGUGGUCUAUGAGAAUAGCUCGAGUAGCUUCAAGAAAGACACUUAUCAAGAGUCAGAGUUCAUGUCAAAUAAGAAAUCAGAAGACGAAGAGGAGGAAGAAGAUAUUUAUAAAACACAGCUUCUACUUUUCUUAAAACAAAAUAAUCUUUUGAAAAAUUCUUCAGAUGAUACGCAGAAGCCAUCAUGGGCAUCAAGUAGAUCCUCUAUAACAACCACGGAUAGUGACUCAGGUCUUUGA